CAUCCUUCGUCCGCGACGCGCACCCGGCAUCGAGAAAUCUCAAUUUCCCACGUCAAUCGCCCCGACCUUGCGCGCUUCACCCGACUCGACGACUGCCCUCGCCUCCCCCCAAUUGUGGUUGCAAACCUGAUCAACUCGCCAAGCUCAAGCAUCAGCAAUCACAAUGGGGUCCACCGACUUUGGCAACUUCAACGACUUUUGCAAGGACUCGACCCUUCCUGUCUGCAAUCUUCUAAGCUCUCCCAACCACAACCAGUCUGGGUCUUGGGGAGGAUGUGAGCUCACCGGCAUCUCCCUGAGCGGUGGCCGCCACUUGGCGAACAUCGGCUCCAUUGUCCUCUGUGGUCUUGCCAUUGUCGCUUCCAUUUUCUUGGUGCUGCGAUCAGAGAGGAAGCGGGCUGCUGUCGGCCGAAGGGAAAUGCAAUUGUUCCUCAUCGGCUACAUCAUGAUCAGCAUCUGUGAAAUCUUUUCUGUUGGCGGAUUCCCCCUCGACAGCACGGUCCGAAUUGCUUUCUCUGCCAUUCACAUUGGCAUGAUUGUUGCAACCAUCUGGAUAUUGAUGCUGAAUGCUGUUGUCGGUUACCAGAUUAUUGACGAUGGCACUCCCAUGUCUCUGGGAUUGAUCAUUGCUUCUGCUGGUGUCUUGCUCAUCGGCACUGGAUACAUCGCUCUCGACACCGGCCUUCAGUUUACCGGCUACUGGGACAGCAGCUACCAGAGCCCGAACCGAAACAUUGCCCUCUACGUCAUGUAUCAGCUGGUUCCCCUGAUCCUUCUCGUCGCCUUCUUCGUCCUCGAGGCCAUCCUUGUCAUCCGAGUACUCGGCGAGACCCGCCCCAUGAUCUACCUGACGGCCGCUGGUGUUCUCUUUGCCCUCGGCCAAAUCUUCAACUACGUCAUCAGCAAGCAUAUCUGUGACGGUACUAGCGGCAAGAUCGACGGAGCUCUCUUCCAGACCUUCUUUACCCUCUUGUCCGUUGUUAUGAUCUGGAUCUUCUGGUCCAGUAUCACCGAAGAUGACUGGCCAAUGCAGACCAGCACCUAUCCUUAAAAGCUGUGCCGAAUUGUCAGUCUUCUGGGAACGGCGUUUGGGAUGGUGGCGUAUUUUUUCUGGUUUCGAUAUCUCUCUCUUGCUCGGC